AUGCUUGAAAAGCAGGCGUGGCGGCUACUUACCAAACCAGAAUCCUUGGUGGCUUCUAUUUAUAAGGCUAGAUAUUACCCCAAGAAUUCGCUUUUUGAGGCAGAAAUGGGCAACAACCCCAAUUUUUGCUGGCGAAGUAUUAUGGUAGCGAAGAGCCUAAUUUGUAGUGGGGUCAGGCGCAGGAUUGGAAAUGGUGAGACCACACUUAUAUGGGCACAUCCGUGGAUACAUAAUGAUCAGGAACCUAUGGUACAGACAGAGAUGCCUAUGCAAUUGGCAGAGGCGAAAUUUGUGGGCUUAAUUGACCAGGAUACUGGUACAUGGGAUCAUUCAAUACUCACUGAUUUAUUCCAACCUACGGAUGUUGAGAAUAUUAAAAAGAUACAUGUUUCCCAAGAAUAUGAGGACUCUUGGUAUUGGCAUGGAGACCCAAAAGGAAUCUACUCAGUUAAGAAUGGGUAUAGGCGCAUUAUUGGAAAUUAUGAGCACAGUGAUGAGGCAUUUGAUAAAUGGCUCACCCUGUGGAGUCUCAAAAUCCCGCCGAAAUGGAAAACUUUUUUAUGGAGGGCAAUUAGUGAUAUCCUCCCAAUCACUACAAAUUUGAUUAUAAAGAGGGUGGAUGUGGAUCCAAAAUGUGCCAUGUGUGGGAUCGUUCAAGAGGAUACUAUGCAUGCUUUGGUGUUAUGUGACUUUGCGAAAGCCAUAUGGGAACAAUCUACCCUUCCAAUCCCCAAUAUUGUGACGAAUGUUUUUCACAUUUGGUUUUCUAAUCUUCUAAAUAUUCUAGACUUUAAUGGAAUAUUACAUGCAACAGCAAUCUUAUACCAUAUUUGGAGAGCACGGAACGGAGCAGUGUGGGAUGCCGUCCUGCCACGACCAACAAAACUGUUAACCAUGGCGGCCGUGACCAUGCAUGCAUGGCGCAACUGUGAAACCCCGUGA